AUGGCAGUGAACAGCUCAUUUGUGAGUUUCGAUGGUGGCAUUCAACAGUUAAAAGGUGAAGAUACUUUGGUAAUCGUACCAGCCAUUCUCACUAUGAUCAGUGGGCUUGGAAUCGUGGGGAAUGUUUUGGUGCUUUUCGUUCUUAUCUACGUUUUCACCAGCCAGAGAGCAUCGGAGGCAUAUGUCAUGCUCGCCAAUUUGAGCGCAACUGACUUGUUGAUACUCUGCCUGUGCGCUCCCAUGCGCGCGGUCACAUACCACAAGCGCACUUGGACACUGGGGCUAAUGGCUUGCAAAACUACAGAGUGGAUCCAGCAUAGCUGCCUGGCCGUCAAAGCUUUUACACUGUUAGCAGCGAGCCAAGCGCGCCAUAACUUUUCCUCCAAUCCAAAUGACCAAUCAAAUUUCCGCCAAAAGAACGUUUUGGUAACCUUAGUGAUCAUAUGGACGGUUGCGCUUGUAUUUUCAAUUCCUGAUAUCGUAUUCUCUAGGUUAAAAGAAGAUGGGAAUAUCAGUCUGUGCGUCUCUGAAUUAACCUCUGACUCCCAAGAUGUCAUGCGACUGUACAGCAAGAUAUUACCGAUGGCCAUCCAUGUUCUUCCCAUCAUUCUCGCCACUGCGUGCCACAUCAGGACCAUCUUCCACAUCAAACCUAGUCCGCACGAGGAGACUCUCCUUGCGCGACAGUAUGAGAGUUCUUUGCUGUAUUUAAGCAUCAUCGCCGUGAACGCGCUCAUGAUGUUGCCCGAGUGGGCCUCUUGGAUGUGGGUGCGUCACAGUUCAGGAGAACGCUGCAAACCUCCAGCUGGUUUGCUUAUCUUUGGUCAGGUGUGCGUUUACCUGUCCAGCGCGUUCUGUCCCGCCAUCCUUCUCACCAUGCACGCGCCUCUCAGAGAAAGUCUUAGUAGUUUGUGUUCUCAUUUAACCUGUCGGGGUGCAAAAAACAGGCUGGAAAUGAAGGGUAACGCAAAUGAGAUGCGCGCAACAGUUCUGAAGGUGUUGGAUGAGCGCGCAGGUGCGUCCACUCUGACCGCAACUGAGAGGCAUUCGGACACGUCGUGUCAAACUUUCCCGGACCUUGAGCAUUUUUGGAGCGAAAGGCGAAACACUACAGUCAUGGAAGAUAGUGAUCCGUUACCCUGGGAACGACUGAAUCAAAGAAACGUUGAACUUUAA